AUGGCAAUGGCAAGGGCUUUUCAGAGCUGCUUGGUGGCAGAGGGCUGUGAAGAUCUGACGCGACGGAUCGAAACUGACUUUAGAGAGGUUUGCUCGUUGAAGUACCAAUGGCAGCCUCUGACAGAAGCAGCGAAUGCAAGGAUGUCAAGCAUCUUUCAGGAUCUCGCAAGGACGGAGGAUGCUGACAGUGGCCCAGGUGAUCCGAACCGUGGUCGGAGGCGUGGAGGGCGGCAGCGCCCAGUGAAUCUUUCAGGAUUGAUGCCAGGAGUGCCCAUGCGCUGUCUGGUGUGGGAGCUGUACACGUACUUUGACAGUCAGGAUGGUCCAGAGAAUCUGGGUCACCCCGCAGUUUUGGUCAUGACGCAUUCGCAGCAGCGACUCAGCAUGUUGAUCCGUCCGGUCAGCCUCCUGACUACUUUUGCCUGGAGCGCUCAUGGAAGCUCUAGCCUGCUGGAUGACGGCCUCAUCGUGGAUUUGAGGCACGGCGUGGGAGCCGGUCAUUUAAAGUUGCGUCCUGAAGGUCUGUGA